UCCACGUGAGCUUCUAGCGGUAUUUAAUGGACAGCGGCUGGGAAGUGAGCAUCAUCUCCCUGGCUGGGGGAAAAAAAAAAACAAAACAAAGAGGGGAAUAAAGACUGUAAGCGAUCAUAUGAACGAUUUGAGAAAACAGAACAAGCGCAAAGGAGGUGUAUUGCGGAUUCGCGGAUGGUUUCUUGUGUAUUUUUGUGUCCAUCAAAAGGAUUUUACGAGGAUGUGAGACCUUUUGUGAGCAGCUGUGGACACGUUGCGUGUGUGUGUUUUAAAGGAUUAUGAGCCAGGUGUUGUUCAGGAUAUAUUUAUGACGCUGAAAAACAUUGAAGUUUUGGGCGUUAAGGUGUAACGCGUAACCGCCGUGGCACACUGUAGUGUAUAGUACAGUGUGUAGUGUAUGGUGUGGUGUAGGCCACUGACGCCGACUUUAAUCUCCGAGGGCAAAAGUAAAGCUGUUUACAGAUCCGUUUAUUGUUAAGCCUGUGUGCUGUCUCGCCAGGAACAAGAGGAGAAAGAUGGCUGGAGAGAAACUGACCGGGGCGAGAGCGAUGCGUGGAUCUGCGUGGCUGCUGAGGCGCUGCCGUGGAAACUGAGCACGAGCGCGGCGCAGGUUUACACCCGACACAUCACCAACUUUUUCUUCAUUUUCCUCCACAAACAUGGGCAAGGACGAGUGCAAAACCAUGCUGGACGCUUUAAACAAGGUGACCGCCUGCUACCGGCACUUGGUGUCCGCUUUAGGGAGCACGUCGGACUCGCAAAACCUGCGCGAAGAGCUGAAAAAGACGCGGAGGAAAGCGCAGGAGCUGGCCGCGGCCAACCGGACAAGGCUGACCGCGCUGCUGAAAGACAAGAGCAUCAGUAACGACGAUCGCGCCGAGUACGAGCGCCUGUGGGUGCUCUUCACAAGCAGCAUGGAGAUCCUCGAGGUGGACAUGAGGAGGUCGCUGGAGAUCGGGCAGGAUUUCCCGAUUAAGGUGCCCACGCGCCACUUCAUCCAAACCGGCAUGACCGGGAGCACAGCCACGGUGGCAGCUCGGGCUAUGAGCAUGCAGAACCUAAAGUACGAAGCGGACGCCGGCAUCGAUACCACCGAUCUCAAAGACCUGGAGGCCGAGAUCGCUCAGCUCGAUCAGAUGAUGGAGGAGAUGGAGAUGAAGGUGCAGGUGGCGCCGUGGGCGGUGGAGGCCAAGCUGGAAGCGGGUGCUGAACUCAAGUCCACUGUGAGCGUGGGAAACUCAUCCGUCGGAGUCAUUUCCAUCUGCGACGAGGAGCCCAAAGAUGGGGGCGAAGGUGAAGCUGGUGUCAUGAGGAUCUUUGCGGGCAUCAUUUUCACUGUGGUUUUACUCAUUGCAGGCAUUCUGGGAUAUCUGGUCGUCAAUCUUUGAAACAGGAUCUUAUUAGGAUUGUCACAAAAAACAAACAAAAACAAAAAAACAGUAACCUACAGGAUUUAUUCUAGCCUACAUAUUCACCUGGCAGAGUUUUAUGUGUGUGUGUGUGUGUGUGUGUGUGUGUAUGUGUGUGUGUGUGUAAAAAACUGAAAAGCACACCCUGUAGCAGUGUUUUUUGAAUCAGAGGCUGAUUGCUUUUGUGUUAUAAUGAAUCCAUGGGACACAACAAGACUGUAAAAAAAAUGGCUGUAAACUUUAGAGUAAAUUGUUGGUUAGUACUGUUAAAUCGACAGUAAACGACUGUAAAACAAGCACUGUAACGAAUUACGCUGUAUAAAAUAACACAUAAUCCAUUUAGUUUAAUACAUUUUGCUCAUUCGGAUGAUGCUCGCCGACUUACGAUGGACUCAGGAUGGGAUUUGAACACACAGGCUUCUAAUCUGUAACUCAAAGCUUUAAGCUCAGCUGGCUUUAGUUGAUUUGGUGUAUAUUUAGUGCAGAUUAAUUCAGAGGUGGUUCAGUGGUUACAGCUUUGAGUUAAACAUCAGAAGGUUGGGUGUUGAGGGAAUGUGGAAGCAUCAGAAGGUUGUCAGUUUGAGUCCCAGGUUCACCAACCUGCCACUGCUGGGCCCCUGAGCAAGGCCCUUAACUAUCAAUUGCUUAGUUGUGUAAAUUGAGAUAAACUCUAAGUUGCUCUAGAUAAGGGUGUCUGACAAAUGAGUUCAAAUCCUUGUAGUGUUUUGAACUUGAAGUUUUUUGGUACUUAAGUGAGACAAUUAACCUUCAGCUUAGAUGAAUCCUAUAUGAAUUGUUGCAUCAACUAUCAUGAGCAUAUGUACUGGAUCCUGUGUUAUCUUAUACUCUAUAACAUAUCACAGUACGUCACUGUAAAUAUGUUUUACAGCCAGUUUUUUUAACAGUCUAAGUUACAGAGGAUUAGUACGCAAAACUGAGAGGAUGUGGUGGAUUUAGUGGUCAUUUUUGUGAGUGUAAUAGCAUCGAAUCAGACCAAGAUCAGUGUUUACAAAAAAGGACUGGACAACUUUUCGCUGUGGACAUUACGUAUACAGCAAAAUUGAGAAAGCACAUUUUCGUCCUUAAAGAAACCGGUUGGAAUUGUUUCAGCUCAGCUGGAUGUACACCGAUUAGGAGAAUCUAAUCCUGUUAGUUUCACCUGAACCAGAUCAGUGGAGAUAAAUCCGUAUUAAAUUCUGGUAGAUUCACAUAGACGUCUGGCGUCUUAUGCAUAAAUGUCAAAGCCCAGGGGUGUCAAACACGUUUUAAGUGAGCUGGACCAAAAUAAUUCAGAUUAGGGACCAAAAAUACACAUCAACUGCUUUUCACUUAACUGCAUUUGACCUGAAAGCUCUACACUGUAAAUACACAAACAGAACAAACAUACAAAAAACACACUGUGAUUCAUUACAAAUUAAACAAUAUUUCCAAAAUGAUAGGUUUACUCUACUGUGUCUUGUGUAAGUAAGUGUUAAAAGAUGGAAAUUCUGUGGACUUCAUCAUAAAAUACAUGCAAGUUGUUUUAGCUCGCUAAUAAAGAAUGACAUAUUAGCACAUUUUAUCAUUAGCUGAUUUUUAUAUGACCCUGAGUUCUUAUUUAUUCUUAUAUUGCUCCACAAAAAUAGGCUAGCUUUCUUACUAAAGCUUUAAAAUCAAUUAUAAGAAAGUUUUUAUUAUCCACUGCUUACACCCAAAGGUUUUUAUUUUAAGCAAUUUUUGUCCGAAGAGUGUGUUUAAUUAUGCUUUAUUUUUCUAUUUGAUAGAAAACGUUUAAAAACAGUAAUCAGGUUUAAAGAUUUCUAGGCUAAGAAAAAUGUUUGCUCAUAAAAAAUACAUCAUGGCAUGAUAUCUGGCUACCUGAGAAUAAUUUGUUUUAAAAUCUAAAAAAGUUUUCAUAUCAUAAAAGUUUCAUAUCUAGAUCUUUUGCUUUAAACAUUGGUCAGGACAAUGCGGUAAGGGAAAUUUUUUAAAGGGGAAGUGACCAAAUACUGUUAAAUGUUACCUCCUGACAAGACUGGUCUCUGCUUUGACACCCCAGCUCUGGACACCUAGCGUCACAAAAACAGGCUCGUAAUUGAAUAGAACAACAUUUCCAGGCCUAACAGAUCUCCCAUUAGGCUCAAACGCAAUACUUGCAGCUGAAAAAAAGUACAGCCGUCCACUUCAGCUGACCAGUGUUAGCCUGCUAGUCUUUACAGAAAGCAGCAUUUCAGACUUCUCCUGUUCCUUAGUUGUGCCUCACUUCUACAAAAGGCCCACUUUAGACUGUAACCCGGGUUUGACUCUAGGCAUAUGUCCGCACACUGUAAACGCAACAACUGUAUAGUGAAUCUGUACAUAAUGCAUAUU